CCUGUCUAUCAAGAAAUAUCUUUUCAAGUUAUAUAAAAGAUUGAUCAUAAACAUAGAAAAAAAAAUUAAAAUAAUACAUCAUUUUUUUUAUUGGUGAUCAAGUUAUAUACUAAAAUUUAGUCAAAAAUGGGAGACGAAGUGAAGCUAAUUGGCGCAUGGGCCAGUCCAUUUAGUCAGAGAAUAGAAUUAGCACUUAAGCUUAAAGGGAUACACUAUGAAUACAUUGAAGAAGAUCUCUCGAACAAGAGUUCUUUGCUUCUGAAUUCAAACCCAGUUCAUCAGAAAAUUCCUGUGCUGAUACACAAUGGAAAACCAGUUGCAGAAUCGCUCGUUAUUCUCGAAUACAUCGAAGAAACUUGGAAAAAUAAUCCGAUCUUGCCUAAAGAUCACUAUGAUAGAGCCACGUCUCGCUUUUGGGCUAAAUUCGUAGAUGAAAAGAUAGUGCAAAUUGGCACCAAAUUUAAAACUGCAAAAGAGGAGGAAAUAGAACAGAUUUAUGAAGAACUUAUUGAGAAUCUUAAAAUUAUUGAGAAGGAAUUGAAGGGAAAACACUUUUUCGGAGGAGAUCGCAUCGGAUUCUUAGAUAUUAUUAUAUUUUUCAUAGUCUAUUGGUUCCAACUUCGACAAGAAGUUAAGCAAAUAGAGUUUAUCACCAAAGAAAACUUGCCAGAUUUAUGCAAUUAUAUGCAAAAGCUUUAUGAAAUUGAUGUGGUGAAGGAAAGCUUACCUCCCAAAGAAAAACAUUUAGGUUUUGUUAGAGCUCUUUUUCAGUCUGCCAAAUAUGUUUCAAAAUAAAAUGUCACCCAUCAUUAUGUAGUUCAAUCUUCAUGUAUUUUAUUAUGUAUUUUCUUAUUUGAUGAAUUAAAUUGUUGGUCUCUUGUUAAA